CACUUACAAUGUGACAACACUUGCAAUCUCCUCAGAACAACCCUGUCUCUGCAGCAGAGCGAAUCACCUCCUGAUCUGGGGACAUCGAGCUCUGCUAACCGGACCCCAGCCUGUCUGCGGGGUCACCUGGCAAGGCUUUGCCUCUUCCUCACCUUGCCCGGGCGUGGGGGGGUGGUGUUAAUCUCUUCUUCGGAAUCUCAGAAAAUCAAAUUCCAUCCUGAGACUAUUUCACCAAGAAUUUCCCUAGAAGCUGCGCCGGGGUUCUACGAUGAUACACCAACCACUUGUGCUGCCACCUGUCAAAACUUUGGAUGGCCCUACUUUCAGGUCAUGACCCUUGGAUUUAAGAAAUUCUUCAAGACAAUGUCCAAUAUGAUUCGAGGGAAAAUGUGAUUUGAGUCUGGAGACAAUUGUGUAUAUCAACUAAUAAUAAAAACUCAGCAUAACUGAUAGAAGACAAACAUUAUCGUGAAGAUUGCUACAGUUAAAAGGAAAAGCUGUGUCUAGUUUGUUUUAUGUUAUAUAGCAUAUUUCUUUUUGGCUUCGAAGAUGGAGAAAAAGUGUUUCCUGCAUUUCCUGUUAAUCUUGCCUUUUUUUAUGAUUCUCGGCGUAGCAGAAUCCGAGGAGAACAUUGAUGACUUAAUUCAGUUGGGUGUCUACACUAGAAAUAAAAUCAUGACAGCUCAAUACGAAUGUUACCAAAAAAUUAUGCAAGACCCUAUUCAACAAACAGAAGGCAUUUACUGCAACAGAACAUGGGAUGGUUGGUUAUGCUGGAAUGAUGUUGCAGCUGGAACCGAGUCCAUGCAGCACUGCCCUGAUUACUUUCAGGACUUCGAUCCAUCAGAAAAAGUCACAAAGAUCUGUGACCAAGAUGGAAACUGGUUUAGACAUCCAGAAAGCAACAGAACAUGGACAAAUUAUACCCAGUGUAACGUUAAUACACACGAGAAAGUGAAGACUGCACUGAACUUGUUCUACUUGACUAUAAUUGGACAUGGAUUAUCUAUUGCUUCCCUGCUUAUCUCGCUUGGCAUAUUCUUUUAUUUCAAGAGCUUAAGCUGCCAAAGGAUUACCUUGCACAAAAACCUCUUCUUCUCUUUUGUUUGUAAUUCUAUUGUAACGAUCAUUCAUCUCACUGCUGUGGCCAACAACCAGGCGUUAGUGGCCACAAAUCCUGUCAGUUGUAAAGUGUCUCAGUUUAUUCAUCUUUACCUGAUGGGCUGUAACUACUUCUGGAUGCUCUGUGAAGGCAUUUACCUCCACACUCUCAUUGUGGUGGCGGUGUUUGCGGAGAAGCAACACCUGAUGUGGUAUUAUUUUCUAGGCUGGGGUAAGUGCCAGCACCCGUGUCCGCGGACUCACGUUUUCAGAAAGCUCUUGGAGGAUGCAGAGCUCCCUGGAUUUCCACUGAUCCCCGCCUGUAUACACGCGGUUGCAAGAAGCUUGUAUUACAAUGACAACUGCUGGAUCAGUUCCGAUACUCAUCUCCUCUACAUUAUCCAUGGUCCGAUUUGUGCUGCUUUACUGGUGAAUCUCUUUUUUCUAUUAAAUAUCGUACGUGUUCUCAUCACCAAGUUGAAAGUCACUCACCAAGCGGAAUCCAAUCUCUACAUGAAAGCUGUGAGAGCGACACUUAUUCUGGUGCCGUUGCUCGGCAUUGAGUUCGUGCUGAUUCCGUGGCGACCUGAAGGAAGGAUGGCCGAGGAGAUCUAUGACUACAUCAUGCACAUCCUCAUGCACUACCAGGGUCUUUUGGUUUCUACAAUUUUCUGUUUCUUUAAUGGAGAGGUUCAAGCAAUUCUGAAAAGAAAUUGGAAUCAAUAUAAAAUCCAAUUUGGAAACAGCUUUUCCCAUUCAGACGCUCUUCGUAGUGCAUCUUACACAGUGUCAACAAUCAGUGAUGGUACAGGUUAUAGUCAUGACUGUCCUAGCGAACACUUAAAUGGAAAAAGCAUCCAUGAUAUUGAAAAUGUUGUGUUAAAGCCAGAAAAGCUAUAUGAUUGAUAAUCAAGGGACUACUGCUUAACUAUUUUGUGCCACUCCUAAUUAAAGGACUUGGAUCCAUGACUUUACAACCAGAAGACUUCAACAUUAAAUGAAUUUCUUGAAUGCCACAAAGAAAACCCGCACAUCGAUUCAGUAGUGUGUUGUCAAAUGUUGAACAACUAGCUCUCUGGGGGAAAAAAAAUCCUGAUCUGUAAUAUUUCCAGUUUCUAUGGUAUAUUUCCACCAUGGCUGAUUUCAGGCUACCAAUUUGACUUUACCUAAUGUGAAAUUGGGAAAAUACGAGCACAGUCAACUCGUAUAGGCUGGUAUGUGUCAGCUCUAGUACAACACUGCAUGAAUUCACAGACAAAUAAGACUAAAAGUUCAUAUACACCAUGGGUGCGAUUCUACUCUUGUUGACUAGAGAGCUAGCUAAGGCCUAUGGACUCAGAGGAAAAAUUAACUUUUCAUUUGUGUGUUUUUAAAAUCUUUCUCCCAUAUUCAUUGGUGCAGUUUUUUUUAAACACAGCAAGUAUUCUAGCCCUUUUUCUAGUUACACUUUCCAAUGGACUUGAUAAAGAAGUAACCAUUUCUGUUGGCUUACCCUUUUCUCUCCAAGAAAAGUGAUUGAGUGGAACUGCUAUUGGCUACUCAUUGGCUGAUAUUUCACAGUUAUAUCCAGUUCAUACCUGUUUUUUUAGAUUAGAUGAAUAGGAUGUAGGACAUGCAAUCCUACUUUGGUAUCGUUAUGGAGACGUGUUGGUUGAUGUUACAAACACCUUCUCAGCUACUUUCCUAUCUUACUACACAAGUGGAAGGGAGUCAGUUUCCCUGUACCUGUAAAUAGAAGUGUUGCCCCUUCCAUUUCUACUGUGUAGACAACCUAGCAAUUAUUUUACCUGAAGGAAAUCAGUGAAGGAUUUCUUACUUUCUUGGAAAUUUGUAAAAAAAAAAAAAAAAGUUGUGAAAAUAAGCUUGUAAAUACUCUGUUAUUCUAUUUUAUAGUCUCAAAUCAAAUACAUACAAUCUAGGUAAGUCUUUAAAAGAACAAAUGCAUAAUGUAACAAUGUAUGCUUGUUAAUAUCUGAUACUGUGUCUGGGCUGAUUUUAUAAUAAAAUAGAGUCUGGAAUUCUAUAUUUGGUAAAUAUUUUAAAGACAACCAGAUGCCAGCAUCAGAAGUUUGUUUGAGAACCAAGAAAAUGGAAAUAUCUAUGAUAAGAUAUAAAAUAUUUAUUAAAAAAAACUCAAGGCCAUUGUUUUAUUACAUUAGCUUAGGUGAUUCUUUCAUAACUUAAUAAUAGAUAUGCUUGACAUAUUUCUCCUUUUAUUUUGACGAUGAACUUGCAUUCUAAUCUAGAAGCUUUAAAGGAUUCCUAAGUAAUAAAUGCCAAUCUGCCACUCUUAUGGUUUUUACACCAUUAAAAUGUUACUUUUCUCUUACUGUAUAAAUAUAUAUGGCUUUGGAAAUAUUCCAGGUUAUUUUUUUUAAAAAAAGAUCUAGAAAAAAAUAUAUAUAUAUUCCCCAAUACUUUACUAGAGCUACCAUACUAUACAAUACUAAAAAUCAGUGAAAGACUUGAAUAUAUCAGUGAAGAAGAAUUGUUAUCAGAACAUUUAAGGACUAAUUAAGAUGAAAGCAAGCCUUGCUAAUGAAUUAAAGGGACAUUUAAAUAGGAUUCAGUUUCCCUAAUGUUAUUUUCCACUCAAAUUUCUGAAAAACAAAAAUCCCUUUAAUUAGUAAAAGUCAAUUUGAGAAGAAAUCACUUUAUGUUUGUGUAUGUGUGUUAAUUUGCUUAAAAUGGAUUAAACUAAUGACUUGGUAAUCAUAGUUUCUUUCUUAAGCUGUCAAUAGAGCGUGAGUUCAGAAGUCAUUUGAAAUUGUCCAGGAAGAUUAUCUAAAUUAGUAAGAAUUAAAUAAUGUCGAUAGUUUUAUAAUUUAUCUGUGUACAUGCAAAGAUUUUGCUGUCAGUUUCAGAUUUAUGGAUUUUAUAGCAAACUGUCUUAAGAAGGAAUUCAGGCUGUUCUCUACUUACUACUGUCCAAAUUAUACAAAAAUUCCUUUAAAUAAACUCACUUUUUAGCUUAUUAUUCAAAGACACAGAUUCAAAUCCUUCACUUGAUAAGGUACACAUAUUUCCACAUUCUUCCAGACAAACUGUCAAAUCUCAACCAUAAGUUACAGUAGAAAAUUUCAAAUUCUCCGUGGGCAUUCUAUUUCUAAAUACUGUAAUUUUCCAGUAUUUUUUUAUUGUGAUUUUAUCAUAUUAAGUUCAGAUCAGAUUUCCUUUCUGGCCGAGAAUUAUCUAUUGCAGUCUUCAGGUGAAAGCAUCCAAUAAUUACUCAGUGUUAGUUUUAUACCCAUAUUUUUUUACGAAUAAUAUUUUUAAAUAUAAGACUUCUCUAAAGCAGAAGUGCUAAUUAAAAUCUCCUUUAUGUCUUACGAAGAAAAGAUAAAAUCAAUACUUUUUAAAAGGAAACUUUUUUGGUAUCUAAAGACUAAUUAGGGGAAUUUCUAACUUUCAAAAUAUAGAUCUAUUUUUCUGUAAGUACUUCUGAAAGUCACACUUUAAUUAAAAAAAUUCUAAUCUGUCCUUUUUUAAUUUUCUAAAGUUAUUUUCCAGUGCACUUAUUUGUAAAAUAUCCAUUCUGGAACUUGGUGUUUGCUCAAGUGUAAUCCAGUGUACAUAGAAUUAGUGGUAGGCAUAGUGCUGUAAUUACUGCUUAAUAAUUUUUUAAAAUGUGAACUUAUUUUAAUUUCUUUUGGUUUUAAUCUGCUAAUAGAAACCACCAUUUCUUUUAUCUGUAAGUCAUAAACAAGAUAUUCUGAUCAAUUAAAAUAAAUCAUGUUAUGUCGA